AUGAAGCAUAUUCCGAGUGAACUGCUGCAUGAAGUCCUUUUGAGGUUGCCGGUGAAAUCUCUUAUCCGUUUCAAGGGUGUGUCUAAGUCAUGGCAUUCUCUCAUCUCCGAUCCCGACUUCGCAACAUCUCACUGUGACAAAGCUUGCGCACCCACGCGUAAGCUUCUGUUGUUAAGGUCUUAUACUUUUCAUGAUGUUCGAUCCAUAGACCCAGAUGCAUCCCUUCUUCAUGAUUCUCCUUCCGCUCCACUGGACGUUAACUUUCUACCCGCUGCACGUGGCGUUAACCUCGUUGGUUCUUGCAGAGGGUUAAUACUUCUGGAGCAUUCCAAGAAUCUGUACCUGUGGAAUCCAUUCACAGGUGCCCACAGGUUAAUGCCUUUGUCUCAUGCUGCGUCCAUUACCAACAGCAUGGUUUUUCCCAUUCUGUGCAGUUUUGUGUACGACCCUUCCACCCUCGACUACUCGGUGGUUCUGGUGUCCUACGUCCCUAGCGAAAUUCAUGCAACAACCCUCGUGGAGGUUUUCUCGUUCAAAGCUAAUACAUGGAAAAAAAUUGAGGCUACUCAUUUGAAUUAUGCAAACGGAGUUGAUGAUGUUAUAAGGGUUGGGUCGCUCUUUAAUGGAGCCAUUCAUUGGGUGGCUUUUUGUCUUGAAAAAAUGGAGUAUCUUAUUGUUGUCUUUGAUUUGAAGGAGAUGACUUUUUCGGAGAUAUCUCCACCAAAUGAGUUGCCUUGGGACUAUAGAUUUUGUGAGUUAUGGGUACUUGGGGGAUUUCUCAGCCUGUGGGUUGUGGAGAACAACACAACGGCCAUAUGGGUGAUGGAAGAAUACAAGGUGCAAUCAUCAUGGACUAAGACCCUUGUUGUGUCUUUUGAUCAGGUUCCUACUAAAUGCUUCUUCCCAGUUUGCACUGCAAAAAAUGGUGAUAUUGUUGGAAGUGUUGACAACACCGGACUGCUGAAAUGUGACAAUGAAGGACAGGUGAAAGAACAACGCUCCUACUGGACUGAUCAUCAUGAAUUCCAAGUCCAAGUGAUUGAGUAUACUGAGUCUCUACUCUCUCUCCCUGGUCCCCCCGAGCAAGCCGAAGAAGAUGAUUGA